UGCAACUGCGCAGUGGGCCUGAACCUAAUCCAAAGCACAAAGCAUUCCUCCUGUCGCCACCAUGGCGUCCGCCUCCGCCGCCGCCCCAGCCGUCUCCUUCCAGCCCGGCCGGCGCGCCCCGCUGCCGCCCCGCUGCACGCAUUCCGAGCGCGGCGUCUCCUUCGACCCCGGCUCAGCCUUCUACCGCAGCGACAGCGCCCCGGGCCGCGACCUGGCCGUCCUCGCCGCCACCCUCCACCGCCGACGCCGCCCCGACCCCUCCGCCCCUUUCCUCUGCCUCGACGCCAUGUGCGGCUCCGGCGUCCGCGCGCUCCGCUACCUCGCGCAGGCCGGCGCCGACUUCGUCUGGGCCAACGACGCCUCCGACGCGCUCCACCCGGUCAUCGUCGGCAACUUCUCUCGCUUCGAGCCCGUGCCUCCCGAAGGGCAGAGGCGGUGGGUGGUGUCGCACCUCGACGCCACCCGGCUGCUCGCCGAGAGGUACCUCCGCCGCGAGUACUUUGACGUCAUCGACGUGGACUCGUUCGGCAGCGAGGCCGAGUACAUCCGGGCGGCCUUCUUGGCGCUCAAGAUUGGGGGCCUUCUCUACCUCACCUCCACGGAUUGGCGGUCGGCGAGAGGUUAUGGCGGAAAAUGCUCACUGUCUUCAUAUGGAGCAUACAUUCGUCCAGUGCCAUAUCCGAAUGAGAUUGGUUUGCGAAUGCUUUUAGGUGGGGCUGCCCGCGAAGCAGCUAUGCUUGGAUUUCACAUAGAACCAGUAUUCUCUUAUUACGCAUACCACGGUCCAAUUUUUCGAGCAAUGGUACGAUUAUGCCAUGGAAAAGAAGAUGGCAUCAGCAAUUAUGGUUUCAUUUGUCAUUGCAAGAGUUGCGGCCAGUCUCAGACUUUUGGAUUUGCCGAAUUGGGGCAGAUUUCUUGCGGAUGUGCAGAUAGAACAGAUGCCACUUCAAUCACAGUUGUAGGCCCACUUUGGACAGGUCCUCUACAUGAUCGCUCUUCCAUUACAGAAAUGCUAAACUUGGCUGUAGAAUGGGGAUGGGCACACACAAGUGAGAAUGGUGUCACUUUGGAAAAACUUCUUGGCACCAUGAUUGAGGAGAGUGACCCAAGGUUACCGCCUGGAUAUAUAAGACUUGAUGAGAUUGCCAGCCGAGCAAAAGUUAACUCUCCACCGCUCGGUACUCUCAUCCAUUCAUUGCAGAAGGAAGGUUAUGCUGCUUGUAGAUCUCAUAUAGGUGCCAACGCCGUCAAGACCAACUGUCCCAUCAGUUCAUGCAUUGUGGUCGCACGGGAGAUCCGAAAUUUGCGUUAACCGCAAACUACACAGUACACACUUCGAAUUUUGCUAACUCCACAACGUGUGUAUUGUUAAACUGCACAAAUUGUGGCUUUGCGCUCUAGUUUCUUCAAUGUUCCAGGUGAACACACGGUUCCAAAACCAGAAGAGAGCUUGCUCAUUGGCAGUGGUCUGAAAUCGGAACACAUUUUGCUGUCCUACACAACAGAAGUUGCAAGUUUUGAUCUUGGCGCGUGCAGCUGGUUGUUUCAUGCGCAACAAAGUUCUUGAUAGGACAUUGUAGCGAUUCAGCUGCUUUGUUUGUAACAGUAGCGUUCUUUUUCUUGAAGAUUCUUCCUUACUACUCCCUCUGUUUUUAUUUACUCUGCAUAUUACUGUAGCUUUGUCUUACGUCAAACUUUGUAAACUUUGACCAAGUUUACAGAAAAAUUUAUUAAAUUCUAUAAAUUUUUUAUUUACUCUCA